AUGACGGGGGAGAUAUUCCGGAAGUGGCUGACAGACUUUGAUAAGGAAACGUCCACGAAGAAGCGCAAAGUGCUGCUCUUGCUGGACAUUUGCAGCGCACACCAUGUUAACGCACAUCUGAGAGCUGUCAAGAUACUUUUUCUGCCUCCGGACACAACCGCCAAGAUGCAGCCGAUGGACCAGGGAGUGAUAGCAAGCUUCAAAGUGCAUUGUCGCCGCCGUGUCAUUGAGCGUCGGCUCAUUGACAUCCGUACAGCCGACAACGCUGUCGACCUGAAGGUGCCGCUAGUAAAGGCGGUAUUUUUCGCAAGCGGAGCCUGGCGGGACGUGAAGUCUGAGACCAUUCUUCACUGCUUCGAGAAAGCAGGUUUUUCGCGGGGAAGCAGCGCUGCCGAAGAAAUAACACCAGAAGCAGACAUUGAUGCUGCUGCAGCGGAUGGUGGCGCGGCAGUGACGAGCUUGGGGCAGCUGUAG